AUGAAUUUAAAAGAUAAAAAUAGAUUGAUUUUAUUGACUGCGGGUUUACACAAUAUUCCAUCACUUUGUUGGCCAAAUACAGUUAAACUAACAUUAAGUAUUCAACAUGCAAGUGAAGUUGAACUUUUGUUGCAACAUAAUAGUUUGCCUUCAUUUAAACAUCUGGAAGUUACUAAUGAAGAUUUACAUAUUGUUUUACCAAUAAGUAAUGAUAAAUGA